CUUCUGCCUCCUCUCAUGCUCUGCCGCUUGGCCGCCCGGAGCGGGUCAAUCGUUGCUGCCGCGGCCGGGUCGCUGUCGCUGUCCCCCGGGGCGUGGUGCUGCACUCGGUCGGUGUGCGUGUCAGCGCCGGGUCUCCAGAAGCAGAAGCCGCUGUGGCAGCGCGUGUCCCGCGUGAUGGAGGGAGACGCGGGCCGUGGGGAGCAGGUUCUGGCGCCGCUCAGGCUGGCGGUGCGGGAGCAGGGUGAACUUGUUCGGAAACUUAAAGCAGAGAAUUUUCCACAGGUGGAUGUCGAUAAAGCUGUGGCCGAGCUUAAAGCUCGGAAAAGGAUCCUGGAGGCUAAGGAGCUGGCUCUGCAGCCAAAGGAUGACCUAGUUGACCGAACAAAAAUGGAGGAUACCCUAAAGAGGAGGUUUUUCUAUGAUCAGGCUUUUGCGAUAUAUGGAGGUGUGAGUGGCCUGUAUGACUUUGGUCCUGUCGGCUGUGCUCUGAAGAACAACAUCCUGCAGAUCUGGCGGCAGCAUUUCAUUCAGGAGGAGCAGAUUCUGGAGAUUGACUGCACGAUGCUGACUCCUGAACCAGUCCUGAAAACAUCUGGACAUGUGGAUAAGUUUGCUGACUACAUGGUGAAGGAUGUGAAGAAUGGGGAAUGUUUCCGUGCUGAUCAUCUGUUGAAAGCUCACCUGCAGAAACUGAUGUCCGAUAAGAAGUGCUCAGCAGAGAAGAAAGCCGAGAUGGAAAAUGUCAUCACUCAGCUGGAUAAUUACAGCCAGCAGGAGUUAACGGAGCUCUUUGUGAAAUAUAACGUCAAGUCUCCAGUCACGGGGAACGAUUUGUCUCCACCUGUCUCCUUCAAUCUGAUGUUCCAGACAUCCAUUGGCCCAGGAGGGAACAUGCCAGGGUACCUCAGACCAGAAACAGCCCAGGGAAUCUUCCUGAACUUUAAACGGCUGCUGGAGUUUAACCAGGGAAAGCUUCCCUUUGCUGCUGCACAGAUAGGAAAUUCAUUUCGGAAUGAGAUUUCCCCACGAUCAGGGCUCAUCCGUGUCAGAGAAUUCACGAUGGCAGAAAUUGAGCAUUUUGUGGAUCCCAAUGAGAAGACCCACCCUAAGUUCGAAGCUGUGGCAGAUUUACAGAUCCUGCUGUACUCCAGCCAAGCUCAGACUAGCGGGCAGUCAGCACGGACUAUGCGGCUCGGCGAUGCUGUUGAACAGCGCAUCAUCAAUAACUCAGUGCUGGGUUACUUCAUUGGGCGGAUUUACCUCUUCCUGCUGAAGGUGGGUGUGUCGGCUGGGAAGCUGCGUUUCCGGCAGCACAUGGACAAUGAGAUGGCGCACUACGCCUGUGACUGCUGGGAUGCUGAGGCCAAAACCUCUUACGGCUGGAUCGAGAUAGUUGGCUGUGCUGAUCGAUCCUGCUAUGAUCUCGCCUGUCAUGCCAGAGCCACCAAAGUGCCCCUAGUGGCUGAAAAGGCUUUGAAGGAGCCUAUAUCCGUCAACAUUGUUCAGUUUGAACCAAACAAGGGAGCUAUCGGCAAAGAAUUCAAGAAGGAAGCCAAGAUUGUGAUGGAGUUCUUAAAUAUCUGUGAUGAGUGUUAUAUUGAGGAUAGGGAGAAGGAGCUGAAUGAAAAAGGGGAGUUCACUUUUACUUCAGAAGGGAAAAGCUUUACUCUGAACAAGAGCAUGGUUGGAGUGAAGAGGUUUCAGAAAACUUUACAUGUGGAGGAAAUCACUCCCAGUGUGAUUGAACCGUCCUUUGGCAUCGGAAGAAUUAUGUACUCGGUGUUUGAGCACACCUUUCAUGUCAGAGAAGGGGAUGAGCAGAGAACGUUCUUCAGCUUUCCGGCUACGGUGGCUCCCUAUAAAUGUUCUGUUCUGCCCCUCAGUCAGAACCAGGAGUUUGCUCCAUUUGUGAAAAAGCUUGCUGAAGAACUCACCAAACAUGGUGUUUCUCACAAAGUGGAUGACUCAUCCGGCUCCAUCGGGAGACGGUAUGCUAGGACAGAUGAGAUUGGUGUGGCCUUUGGCAUAACCAUCGACUUUGACACGGUGAACAAGGUGCCCCACACAGCCACUCUGAGGGACCGUGACUCGAUGCGGCAGAUCCGAGCUGAGAUUUCAGAACUGCCUCAAGUUGUCAGAGAUUUAGCCAAUGGUUCCUUGACCUGGGCUGAUAUCGAGGCCAAGUACCCUUUGUUCGAAGGGCAGGAAACAAGUAAGAAGGAAAUUUGAAAAGCAUGUCGCUUCUCCAUUAUAUCUCCUGCCGUCCUCUGAGGAACCCAGACACUGAGCUGUGUUCUGUACAUUGGUAAUACAGGUUUGACUGAACCAGUGACUGUUAUACCUGUGGAAGGCCCUUCUCUCACUACAGGAUUAUGGAAGAAUUCAAUGAGAUUCUGUGCAAUAAAACCUGAUGGUGAACUGGU